AUGCCAGUGAGGGUGGUCAUACUCAUCGCCCAUCUCCUCACGCCAGGCAUCGUCAAGGCGGGAGAAGCAGCGGUGCUGGGUGUGAAACUUGUUGCACGUCUGACCCUUGCGGUCACCUGUGCGAAUGACAUAAGGGCAGCGACCACCACCCCCAGACUUCCCACGCUGAGCAAGCCACUCACGAAGCUGCUGGGAGGUCUCGGGACGUUGCUUCUAUUGUUGGCUCUGGCCAGUGCCAGUGCCUCCACCCCGACCGCCACCGCCGCCGCCACCACUGCCCCGGCCGCCACUGCCGCAGCCACCGCCGCCGCCACCCCCUCCGCCGCCGCCGCCGCCUACGCCACCGCCUCCUCCGCCACCGCCUCCUCCGCCACCGCCUCCACCGCCGCUACCGACGCUACCACUCCCGCCACCAGCCCCUCCUCCACCUCCGCCUCCUCCACCUCCUCCACCACCACCACCCCCGGUGCCACCUCCGCUACCCUUGGCUCCCUUGCCCUUGCCGUUGCGGCGCCUCCCACUCAGAGCAGAGGCAGCACCAGCAGAAUCAGCACCAAGGAAGUCAACUACAGCAACAGUAGUGAAAGAGGGGGCGAGGGGAGAGGGAGAGCACCCCUCAAAGAUGGGGGUGCGAGGAGCGCCACGAGCAGCACCGACAGCUACUAUGCUCUUCUCUGCUGCAAAGAGGUGCUGCUCUAG